AUGAUUGCAGCAAACAUCUCUCUCCCACCAGGAGACUCACCGGACCUGAUCUUAGUGCCCGCCACCGCGGAGGAGCGCAUCGCAUCCAUCAAGCUCAACAGCGUAGCAUGGAAGGGCCCACUAGACAUCGAGACCUACAUCGCACGCGAAAACCACCUGCUCGCGCAAAAUCUGACACGCGAUGGCCUAACAUGCUGGAUUCUAGUCGACAAGUCCGAGCCGGAGGGGGAUCGCACGAUCCUUAGCUCUUGCGAGACAUACAAGAAGAAGGCAUUACUCGCGCACGGCGGGGAAGUGGAAAAUGUAUCUACGCACGGCGUGGGGAGCGUUUACUGCCGGCCCGAGUUUCGGGGAAAGGGAUACGCUAAGCGCAUGUUUGAGGAAUUGAGCUCCCAGCUGGAUACGUGGAAGAUGGAAAAGGAGAGUAGAGGGCGGGCGCUUUUUACUAUUCUAUUUUCGGAUAUUGGGAAGAGCUUCUAUGCGCAGUUUGGGUGGAAGCCGUUCUUGUCUUCGCACAUGGCUCUCCCGCCAGUUGCGGGCGGAGAAGAGUGCAGAUCCAAUGGGCAUGGCAACGGUAACGGUAGCGGCACGAGAGAUCUGCGCGCGGAGGACGUGCAGAAGUUCAUCUGCAACGACGUUGUCACGGCCAAUCUGCGCGAUCAGCUGCGGGAGGCAUCGCGGAAGACGGGUGGUAGUAAGAUCGCUAUCAAGCCUGACUUUGAUCAUUUCGUUUGGCACUGGGCGCGUGAGGAGUUCUUUGCGAAACACCUUUUGCCGCAGCGGUCCUCACCCAUAAUUAAGGGUGCUGGAAAUGACGAGGCUAAGGUGUACUGCGCGUGGAACCGGAAUUUUGGACAGGAUCCCGAGGACAAUGUUUUGUACAUUCUUCGUUGGGUAUAUGAUGAUCCUCAAUCGGCAGAUGAAGAGAAGAGCCUGGUUGAAGCCAUGGCUGCAAUCUUGCGCCGGGCUCAGCGUGAGGCACAUGAAUGGAAUUUGCACACAGUUGAGUUCUGGAACCCAACACCACUGCUGCAAAAGGCUGUGAAGUUGCUGGAUUCGGAUGCCCAGGUUGUGCAUCGGGAGAAGAGCAGCAUUUCCAGUCUGCGUUGGACCGGUGCACAGCAAGGGCUUGGUGAAGACGUCGAGUGGUUCCUGAACGAGAAGUACACUUGGUGUUGA